AUGAUGGACAAUGAACAGCCUCCGUCCUCUUUGAUUCGUACACCAACUUUAGAGUCAGGAACCCCCUUCAGUAGAAGAAGCCUUGGGAGAUUGGGUGGUCUUUUGAUCCAAGAGUUCGCGUCCGAAUUCAGGCCUCGGAACAACGAGGAUCAAGAUGCCGUUGAAACGAUCCUAGCUCGAGAGGCUGAAUCUGUUGAACCUUUAAUUGAUACAUCUGCGAGGGCCUCGACACACCAUAAAAUAGCGUUGACCUUGCAGCUGGAGUACAGCCACUUCAAAAACCGAGACGCCGGAGUAAUCAACCGAACGAGCGCUCUUGGGAACAUUUUCCAGGGCCGUCCGCCCCACAAACGCAACCCAGCAUUCUCUUGUGAUGAACUACUGUCGCAUUGGAGAUUUGCCGCUCCUCAACCCUCAAGCUGCGAGGCUGCUCAGAAUACAGCGAAGGUCAAACGAACAAAAGUGGAAAAUAAUGACAAAGUGACGGAUUGGAUGUGUCGAAUAGCACGCGAGCUAGUAAACAAUGAUAAUGGUAGCAGCCUGCAGCUUAUAUCACUCGCGGAGCAGCCCAACCGUGGAGAUGUUGUCUGUUUCUUUUCUUUCUGGCGAUACACUGUCGCUACUUUCCGUGGACGAGUAGACACAUUGCACCUAUUCCCCACGUGGCUGCUAGAAAUUCUAGUAGCGCAUUGCUGGAAUUUCAAUUUGACGCCGUGGUGGUCAGCGCCACCUGUUGAGAGUGCACAAGUCAGGCCGAAACCAGACAUACUCCCAUCAAAGAGAGCUCUCAAGACUUCUACAACCCAAUCUUCCCCUUUCGAUAUGGCAUAUUGGGGAAAAGAUAAGAAGCGGCCUGGUAACCUAGAUCCUACACGAGGAGACAAUGAAAUCUUCCUUUGCUGGCAGGACACCUGCGCCACAUAUACUUCUGACACCGCAGUCUAUAUAUGGGAGCCUCAGAACUCUAUCCCCAUGUGCCAACAUGCAAAGGUCGUUGUGUCUUCUAGCAAGACUCAUGCUGGUUGCGAAGAAGUGCGUCUUAUUAUCGCAUUUGGGACAUGUCGAGCACACACAUUAUUUACCAAGAGACGUGAUGCGACAAUCGAACUCGAUGUUCCAUCUCAAGCAGAUCAUCAAGCCCAGCAGUGGUCACCUUGGAGAGAAAUGGUCCUCUCCUUAUGUUGCGUCUUCGAAGUUCUCAUUUCGGACACUUGGGAAUUCAUCAACAAAUGCCAUGAUGAAAGUGAGCGAGUUCAACUUCUCGGACGUCGGAGCCCAUCUACAAGCAAACUGCGGUUCUCGUUACAUCUAGAAGACUGCUGUAAAGUAACACAGCGUAGAAUUCGCCAUGAUCUGAAGGUUUUCCAUCAUUUCACACGUUGGAUUAAUCAGUCAGACCGCUCUCGCCAUAGCAACGCGUCUCUCCAGAGUAGACUAGACAUCCUGAAAAAGGACAUGGAGUUCCUUGAAAAUGAGUUAAAGAAGCUCCAAGCCACCCUCAAAGAAAAUCAGAAGAUCAUGCGUGACCACUUCCAACUAGCGCAAGACCUUAGAGUGUUUAGGAUCACCAUUCUCGCGGCCAUUUUCCUUCCGCUUUCCUUCACUACAAGUUUCUUCGGCAUGAACCUAAACCCGAACGUCGUGGAAGGGCCUUUAGGGUUCACGAACCUCACCAACAUUACCCUCGAUACAGUCCCUACCGACUUACGUGCAUCGACGGAAGCGUUAGUUUCAAUUAUCGGUUCAAGCUCAAAUCUGAAUUUCAGUUGGCUAGUGUUUGGCGUUACGGCAGGCGCUCUCCUUCUUACCCUCCCGGUGUCGCUGUUUGUUGGAGCCGUGGUGCGGUUUCUCGUGGUUUGGGCCAAAGACCACAUAGUGUAUUGGCGUGUGAUCGCGGUUGUUGGCGUCGUGAUCUUCGCUUUCUUCAGCAUAGGCGGUCUAUACCUUCGUGACUUCUUGGGCUUUUAUAUCCUCUACAUCAUUACCAAUUCUUUUCUCACCAUUGCAUUCACCUGGCGUGCCUAUUCGGGGUGGCGCCUUAACGAUCGUCCAAUUAUCUGGACCUCUCUUGCAUCUCUUACCCUUGUCACUUUCUUGGUCAAUAUUCUAGCUUUGCGGGACGUUCCUUUACUAAUUUUCCCCUGGUUAUACGGGUUGCUCCUAUGGGUGGUGCCCUGGUGGCAUCAAAACCGUAGACUCCGCGGUGACUGA